UAGUCAGGAAAACUUGUGACAUCGGCAGGCGUGCACAGCGGCAGGUAAAGAGCGACAGUCAAGCAGACACACUUUGAAGACUCGUCACGCACAGAUGGCAGGAAGAAUGACCUUGUGGCUGCCGACCUUGGCCAUCGCCUUCUUCGUGUUCGUCUGUGGAAGCGUACCGGUACAAGCGGAAGAAAAGAGACUAGCGGAGAUGGACAUCGCCAGAGACCAGGCAGCCAAGAUCGCACGGGAGCAGCUGGCAGCGAAACUGGCGGCCAUCACGGGCAAGAGGAGCGCAGAGAAACGCAUAGCACAGAGCAUUGUCACAGGAGCCAAGGCCGGCCGGAUACAAGACGCCGCAAGACAAGACGCCAUCGACAACAUCCUGGAGAAACUGGGCAAGCGCAGCGCCGAGUUGUCCGUGGGGGAGGACUGGGCUGAUGAGGCCAGGUUAGCGUUCCUGGAGAACCUGCUGAGUGACGUGGGCGGGAAGCGGAAGCGGCUUGCCGAGGUCGACAUCGGAUCCGCCCGGGGGAACGCACAGGCCAACGACGCACUGAGGGGGCUGGUCGCCGGCCUAGAGGGCUAACUCCCCCCCCCCUCUCCCUCCUUCCUCCGCUCCGUUUCACCCGUCCUGCUAACGAACAACCUGCCGUAUUGGCGAUCUGAUAUUUAGAUACGGUGGCACAGAAUCACACACGUGUCCGUCAGCAAAGUUUCAUUGAGAUUUACCUGUCAUCUUCUACAGUGUAGAUUAGAUCGUGCCGAACCAAAGGCGAGUUCCACAUGGUAACGUUAGGUAGUUACACUAUCCCAUAGAGUACUGUAUCCAUAGAGAAGAAAUAUGUUGGCACGGAGAUGCCGUUUCUUAGAGUCAUACACAAAUCUUCUUCUUCUCAUGACUUAGAAAUGUAUUAAAGAAAUAGAAA